CAACCAUAGUUUUGCAUUUCCACUUAUUUCCAUUUUUUUUUAUAUGUUAUUUUAUUAUUAUUUUGUUCACAGUAAUCUUGUUAACGUGAGAAGAAAAGCAGUAAGCAGAGCAAAGGAGUGGAAAUUUUUGCAUUUGUUAUGGCAAGUGUUCUUGGUGAAUCGGAAGUGGAGGACGAUGAGAUGACAGAAAUGGGAUCCUACAGAGGGAAAGUGAAAGUGUUGAGGGACGAUCAAGAAUCCCCUGCCGAGGAGAUAAUGCUUCUCUGGGGAAUCCAACAGCCUACUUUUUCCAAACCCAAUUCUUUCGUCUCCCAAUCCUCUCUCCAACUCCGCCUUGACGCCUGUGGCCGCUCUCUCUCCAUUCUUCAGUCUCCUUCUUCUUUGGGUGCACCUGGAGUAACUGGUUCGGUGAUGUGGGAUAGUGGAGUUGUAUUGGGGAAGUUCUUGGAGCAUGCUGUGGAUUCGAAGAUGCUUAUGCUUCAAGGAAAGAAGGUUGUUGAGUUGGGUGCUGGAUGCGGAUUGGUAGGCUGCAUUGCAGCUCUAUUGGGUGCUCAAGUUGCAUUCACUGAUCUCCCUGAUAGAUUGAGACUACUGAAGAAGAAUGUUGAAGCUAAUUUGAGAGAUGGAGAUUUGCGAGGCUCUGCAGUUGUGAAAGAACUCAUAUGGGGUGAUGAGCCCGACCGAGAUUUGAUGGAACCUCUACCUGAUUACAUUCUAGGGUCAGAUGUGAUCUAUAGUGAAGAGGCUGUGAUGGAUUUGUUGGACACAUUAACGCAACUAUGUGGAUUCCAAACAACGAUAUUUUUGGCUGGAGAACUUCGGAAUGAUACUGUACUUGAAUACUUUCUAGAGGCUGCAAUGAAGGUUUUUGUGAUUGGCCGUGUAGAGCAGACACAGUGGCAUCCAGAUUAUUGCAGCAGCCGGGUGGUGUUGUAUGUUCUGACAAAAAAAUGAGUUCAGCCCGUGAAUAUUCAUAUGUGAAGAUCCUUUCGGGGCUUUCUAUACAUCUUUUGACGUCAGUGGACCUGAGCCUGACCUAACCGAUGAACUCUCUUCCUCAGAUGCAGCUUAAGAUUAAAGAUGUUUGUGAAAUAUUUGUCGAACAGGUCUUUGUGGGCUCAUUAUUUUGUUAUGAACUUAUAAACUAAGUUUUGGUUUUAUGUAAUUUUAUUUUGCGUUAAUGAUGACUGUCUGCUUUUUACUUUCCUACUUUGUUUGGUGUUAUUUCGUUUCUUUGCUUGUGUGUGGCAAUUGAGCAAUUGAGGAUACUUUGCUUGU